ACAUGUCCUAUCCUUGUUCUUCUAGUCUCUGCUUUCCCCGCUUGAAAGCUCGUUGCUUUCCACCACCGUUGCCACUUCAAAGCAAGAACCUUUCUCCAAGAAAAAAUGGCUGCAGAGAUGGCUUUAGUAAAACCCAUCUCCAAAUUUAGCUCCACACCGAAAUUUGGAAACCCAAGAAGUUUCUCGUACCCCAAAUUCAGUACCAUCAAGAUGUCAGCUACUGCACAGACAACAAGAAGUCCAAAGCCAAAGAAGAAAGGUAACAAAGGUGAAAUCAAAGAGACCCUUUUGGCACCUAGGUUCUACACCACUGAUUUUGAUGAAAUGGAGACCCUUUUCAAUACUGACAUUAACAAGAACUUGAACCAGUCUGAGUUUGAAGCACUUCUGCAAGAAUUCAAGACUGACUACAACCAGACUCACUUUGUGAGAAACAAGGAGUUCAAGGAAGCAGCUGACAAGAUGCAAGGACCAUUGAGACAGAUUUUUGUUGAGUUCUUGGAGAGGUCUUGCACUGCUGAGUUCUCUGGCUUCCUUCUCUACAAAGAGCUUGGAAGGAGACUCAAGAAAACCAAUCCAGUGGUAGCAGAGAUUUUCUCCCUCAUGUCCAGGGAUGAAGCCAGGCAUGCUGGGUGUGUGAAAAUAUUGGCCUUCUUUUUCUCACAUGUGAAUCACUUUUCAAGAAUGAUCGAACCUUUGUAUAUACAAUUGACUUUUUUUGGUGUUGCAUGCAGAUUUUUGAACAAGGGUUUGUCUGAUUUCAAUCUGGCCUUGGACUUGGGGUUCCUAACAAAGGCUAGGAAAUACACAUUUUUCAAGCCAAAGUUCAUUUUCUAUGCUACAUAUUUGUCUGAGAAAAUUGGGUACUGGAGAUACAUAACAAUUUACAGACAUCUCAUGGAAAAUCCUGACUACCAGUGUUAUCCUAUUUUCAAGUACUUUGAGAACUGGUGCCAGGAUGAGAACAGACAUGGUGAUUUCUUCUCCGCAUUGAUGAAAGCACAGCCUCAAUUCCUCAACGAUUGGAAGGCAAAGCUGUGGUCACGUUUCUUUUGCCUAUCGGUAUAUGUGACAAUGUACCUUAACGAUUGCCAGCGAACUGCUUUCUAUGAAGGCAUUGGGCUCAAUACCAAAGAAUUUGACAUGCAUGUGAUUAUUGAGACAAACCGCACAACAGCUAGAAUCUUCCCAGCUGUGCUGGAUGUUGAGAACCCAGAGUUCAAGAGGAAGUUGGACAGAAUGGUGGAAAUUAACCAGAAGCUGAUAGCUGUUAAUGAGAGCCAAGACAAUUCCUUUGUCAAGAACUUCAAGAGAAUUCCCCUUAUUGCAGCAUUAGCUUCUGAGCUCUUGGCUGCAUAUCUAAUGCCACCAAUCGAGUCUGGAUCUGUUGAUUUCGCAGAGUUUGAACCACAACUUGUUUACUAGUAAAGUUUUGUCUGAGUUUCAUUUACCCCCUUUCAUGCCCAGCUUUGGUAGUCUUGAUGCACUAUGGCUAGAUUUACAGUAUGUAACUGAGGAAACAUUCAUAUAAAAUGGUGUCCUUUCGUAAUGUAAAUUAACAUAAUUUUAGUCCCCUCA